AUGCACGAUCUCGAGAUCCUCCAGAGUGGAGGCUACAAAGACGCAGCGCUCACAAAGCUCAAGCUGACUUGUCCCUUGCAAGCAUUUCCCACUGAGAUAUUUGACUUGGGAUCAACACUUGAGCAGCUCGAUCUGUCAGGCACUGGGCUUUCCUCCCUGCCAUCAGAUUUUGGCCAGAGCUUGCCAAACCUCAAAAUCGCAUUCUUUUCGCAAUGUGCAUUCUCUUCUUUCCCCCCGGUGCUGGCCUCUUGUCCACAGCUGGAGAUGGUCGCCUUUCGAGGCAACGGCAUGGCUUCGAUACCUGAGGACUCCCUCCCACCGAAGCUACGAUGGUUGAUCUUGACAGACAAUCAGCUCUCUUCACUUCCGCGAAGUAUUGGCAAGUGCGGCAGGUUACAGAAGUGUAUGCUAGCAGGUAACCGUUUGCAAGCACUACCUGAAGAGCUGCAGCAUUGCAAGAAGUUGGGUUUGUUGCGUCUCAGCUCCAAUAAGUUGCAGACCCUCCCAGAUUGGCUUUUCGAUAUGCCCGAGCUGGCAUUUCUAAGCUUCGCUGGUAACCCUUGCUCCACGUCGGACGUACUGGCCGUCUCUGACGACCGUCAACUCGGACUGGCACAUGUGAACUGGUCAGAACUAGAGGUUCAGCAUACAUUGGGUGAAGGGGCGUCUGGUAUCAUCUCGAAAGGCCUUUGGAGGAUCGACUCGAGCACCACAAAGGAAGUUGCCAUCAAACUCUUCAGAGGCGCGCUCACCAGCGACGGCACACCGGAAGACGAGAUGGUAGCCUGCAUAGCAGCCGGCCAGCACGAAAACAUAAUUGAUGUUCUGGGGCGGAUACACGGUCAUCCCGACGAGGCCAAUGGCGCUUUCAAGGGAGGCUUGGUCAUGCAGCUUAUUCCUCCCCACUACCAGACCCUGGGGCAGCCACCAUCCCUUCUGACGUGCACAAGAGACAAUUACCCAACAGACGCGAGACUAUCAGUGGAGAAUGCCCUGAAUAUCCUUGAGGACAUUGCCGCUGCGGCGGCGCAUCUGCACCUUAAGAAGGUUGCCCACGGGGAUCUGUACGCGCAUAAUAUUCUUACAAGCGCGGACGGUCACGCACUGCUUGGCGACUUUGGCGCAGCAACAGUGCAUGGCGGCAAAGUCUCGCCGCUGGUGGAGAAGCUGGAAGUUAUGGCUUUCGCACACCUCGUUGAGGAUCUGCUAGGCCUCGUAACUACCGUCGCGGAAGAGCAACGUGCAGUGAUCAGGAACCUGCAGAGCCUGCACCAGCAGUGCUCGGCUGAAAACAUCUCAACUCGCCCGACGUUCAGCCAGCUACUUGUCGAGAUCGAACGGAUUCGUGAUGGGAAGGCUCCGCCGAGGCUGCCCAACUGA